AACCUUUUUUGCAAAAAUUAAUUGCACUGUAAGUAAAAAUAUUUGGCGAAAUGGCGAACCAUCGCAAGGAAAUGUGGAAGCUGCUCUACAGCCUGGUGAACCGAAACGGUGGGAACUUGUCUCAGGCGUACGCAGUUAUCGAGGACAUACUUUGCCAGGAGCCGAGUCUUAUAAGCUGCUCGCUGGUCCGGGAGCUGAACAACAAAUUCCAAGACACAUUUCUAUUGUGGCUGCUAAACAAGCUGGCCAAGUGUUUGGGCGAGAGUGAAGAUGGCAGUCAGUGCAUCAAUCUGCAGAGGAAAAUCAUCAGUUCCUGCUGCUCGAAUCAUCCCAAGCUGUAUGAGCGGCUAGUGAAGGCCUAUGUGGAGGCCCUGCAGGAGAUCCAUGCACAAUUGAGUGUGCUCGACUUCGGAAAGGGGUUUACAAAGGAUAAUAACACAAUUACCUUGAGGAUAUUCAAGUGCGACGUCGCUCCUCUUUUGGAGUUCGAUCCCCAAUGCGCAUUCGAAGACAUCCACCUGCAGGUGGACAAAGUAGAUGCUUAUGCCAAGAGUUUGAUGAUGGUUCUGCAGCAUGCACAUCACAUUGGAGACGCUACACACGGAGACAUUUUCUCAGGGAGCCUGCAGCAGGUGCUACUCAUCCUGAAAGAGUGCGACAUGGACACGAAGCUGACUAGCCUGGAGUACUGCCACGGUGUCUUGCUGUCACAGUCGUCCCAGAACUGGCUCACCAAUCCCGAUGUGGCACAUUACGCGCACUUGACAUUGGAGGCCACCACCAUGAUGUGGUCCAUGGCUGCCAAGUGGCUGGAAAUGGACUGCAUGAGCGGGCAGCAACUGAAAAGGCUUGAUGUGUCCACUCGACAACUGAUGCUUGUCCUGCAGCUGCGUGGCCGCGAGGCAAUACACCAGAGUUACCUCCUCCUAAAUGAGAUUCUUGGCUUGCCCAAGAGCCUGGAGGUCGAUGAGGGAUUGCUGCAAAGUCUGAGCGACUACGUGCAAGAGCUGCUGGAUGGCUCGGUGACUUCCAUUGAACAACUGAUGCUGCUGAAGGAGCUCGUGAUGAGCCAUUGGCGGUCGCAUCCAUCGCAAUUACUCCCACUUUUGGCUCUUCUAGCAGUAAAGCUGACGGAAAUGCGGUCAGCCAUCGUUCAAACCUUGACCACGGCCCUGGCACAACUCCUCCCCAAGAAGGAAACUACCGCAGGGGAGUGGCGGGAAAUGGUUGCCAUUAUGCGAGCCUUCAAGCAGCUGGAGCAGCUAAUCCUCUGGCAGAGCCAACAAAAGAUGAUGGAAUCGGAAAACAAGCUGGAUUCCUCGUGCCUGGCCCGGUUGCCCUUACAGUAUGAGCUUCCCAAGGAGACGGACACCAACUGGAAUCAGCUCUCCAUGCACCUGACGGAGCAGGAGUCAAAGUGCCGCGCCAGCUCUCCAGAGCUGCAGAUAUAUUUGGAAAUCUGCUCACUGCUGCUGCAGGUCUCCUUCAUACGCCACUCACUGAAGCCGCAAACGCAGCAGCAACUGCUGGCCGUCCUCCAGAGGCAUCUGUCAGAGCAGCUGUCGCACUUGUGUGCAGUCCGACUGGAGACGCCUUCGAGCGCCCACACCCAGAUGCAGUCCUUCUAUGCCCAGCACUACAUGGGUCUCAUUGAGUCGCAGGAGGAAAUCUUCUGUGCGUAUCUGCCGCAGCUGUAUCUGGCGGGUUUCCUAAAAACGGAGCAGCUCCUAAAAGCCCUGCCCUGCAUUUCGGAUCAGCCGGCACGCAGCCAAGUGAUUCGUCUGCUGCUUUGCUCCCAUCUGAGUGCCUUUAAGGUGAGAGAUCGCGUUGAGUUGCACUGUCCGCAGUGCCGGCCACUGCCGGAUCAGCUGCCUGGCCUUUUCCUUGGCAAGGCCAAGCCGAAUGCAACGAACCUCGACCUCACCAGGACCACAGUUGAACUGAUAGUCAGGGAUUUGUUAUUCGCAUCCGAUUCCUCGUACAUUGCCCAUCAUCUAGACUUGCUCAGCGUUAGCCCCCACCUUGUCCUGCGUCUGCUCAAGGAAGGACUCAAGGGAGUGGGCGAAAAGAGCUUCAGUCUCCUAGUCCCUGCAAUGAGUUCAAAGUCGCCAGAUUUCAUGCAGGACCUGGGUCGCUUCAUCCUCGAUUCUAUCAAGCAAAUGCUGGCCAAGCCUCUGGCGACGCAGUGCAAAAUGGAGCAGCGUGCAGUGCUGCGCAUAAUCAUCUCCUGUGCCCACCCUGAGAUCGAGGAGAUCUGGCUCUUCCACUGGUUCAAGAUGACCUUCUUUUUCCUGGUGCACACGCACUCGCUGGUUGCCCAGGAGGCCGUGAUGACGGCCAGUGAGAUGUGUGCCCGCCAUGGCCUGCAGACGGUCAAUCUGUGGAACUGGUACAAGCGGGAUGCCCUCGAUCUGGCCGUACGCCUGGCCUUGACUGCAUAUCUAACGGAUGGAGUGCGCUUCACGCGAUCACUCCGAGCGCUUACCAAAAUGCUGGGCUUCUCGUGCGUUCAGGAGUUCACCUGCAAGUACCAUCGCCUGCUGACUGCCAUGGUACUGCCGCACUGCAUCGUGGAGCCGCGCUGCAAGGGCGUGCUUGUGCUAAUAGCUAAACAGUUGCGGAAACCCAUUGCGACGCUGUUCACCAUCUCGUUCCUGCGGCUCUACACCCAUGUCUACCUCACCGAGGAGCCGGAGCUGGCCAAUAGCUGCAUUCAGUUGGUGGUCAGCUGCACCCAGUCCAGUCUGCAGCAGCUCAUGAAUGCGGACGUUAAGCAAACGGUGGCUGAGCUGCUGAUUUACUUCAACCGCAACCCCACCUUCGUGAUGAGGUCGUUCCAGAGCCUGCUGCAGCUGUCCGUGGGCUCCGAAGAGGCGCUGUCCAGCCAGACGGCCAAUGCGGAGUUUGCCACCUUCAUUGCCGAGCGCUUCCUGGGCGUGAUCACCUACUUUGAGAGCUGUCUGAGCGAGCCGUCCUUCGAGAAGCCCCUGAAGGAGGAGACCCUCUACAGUCUGGGCCAGAUAAUGCGCUUCGUGGGCUCGAAACAUGUCACCCAGUUCCGGUUCAAGAUCAUGGCCAUGCUCAGCUUUGUGCACACUCUGCAGGAGCCGCGUCUGCAGCGGAUCUGCUUGAAGAUCUGGCACAUCUUCCUGCACGUGGUGAAUGUCCAGGAGCUGGGCCCCUCCCUGGGCCGCAUUGUGGCCACCCUGCAGCCGCUGCUGAUGGACAGCGAGAGCGUGGCGCAGGUGAACGAUCUCUACGAGUUCGUGAUACUGCGGAAUGCCGCCAUGCUGGGCAACUUCAUAACGGACCUGUAUUUCCUCGAGCGCAUGGAGAACGUCUCCCCCAAAAUCCGGGAAUGCAUCAAGCGACACCUCUCCCAUCUGGACUUGGCCGGGGAGGAGGCGCAAUCCCCGCCACAGCUGCUGGAGCAGCUGCGCUUCCUUCACAAGCAGAUCAUCGAUGAGUGCCUCCAGGUGCGCGUCUAUGGGCUGCAGCAUCUGGGCGAGCUCUUCGGCCGACGGCGCACCCAGCUCAACCAGAUGAUCCUCAAUGAGCUGCCCCUCGAGCCGCUGCUGGAGCAGAUUGUCAAUGUCCUGAUGGCUGGCUGCCAGCACGACGAUCGCCAGCUGCAGAUGGCCUCGGCCAAAUGCCUGGGCGAGCUGGGGGCCAUCGACGCGAGCUACUUGCUCUCCAACUACAAUUUCGACAGCCCCCAGCAGCUGCCCCUGACCGUCCUGUCCGAUGAUUUUGCGGUGCUGGCCUUAACCGCGCUGUGCCGCGGCUACCAGUUCCAGCAGAAGACGAAGCAUGUGGACAGCUUCUCGCUGGCCAUCCAGGAGACACUGGCCGUGUGCGGGAUUUCGCCCAAGGAGCAGAAGAAGGUGCGCCUGUGGGAGUCGCUGCCUCCUCGCAUGCGUCAGGUUAUGGAGCCGCUGCUGCAGUCCUGCUACACGAGCUGCCAGCGGGCGAGCAACUGCCAGCAGCAGCCGAUCUUCGGCAGCCACUACUCGAACAACUCGUACGAGGAGUGGGCCUUCGUGUGGGCCAGUCGCCUGAUCGACUACAUCCAGUGCUCGGAGACCCGCCACCUGCUAAGCUCGUACAAGCCGUGCAUCAAGCGGGACGGAAACAUGCUGAGCACCUUCUAUCCCUAUAUUCUGCUGCACGCGCUACUGGAGUGCACUGCGGAGCAGGGCCAGCACAUGCAGGAGGAGUUCCUGGCGGUGCUGCAGGCCAACGAGGAGAGCUCCAGCUCGGCCAAGGCCCAGCAAGAGCUGGGCGCCAUCAAGGAGAACGCCUUCAAGCUGUUCGAGUCGAAGAAAUAUGCAGCCGGCAACAAGCAGCCAGCGAACAGUGUCCUGGAGCGGAAGGAGGACUCCAGCCAUGUGCCGCGACUCGCCGGCAAACUCUGUGCUGAGCUCCUCGACUUCCUGCAGCGCUGGCUAAGGGAAUGGCAGCGUAUGCACGGCCGCAGCACUGGGGGAAGACCUCCCCAGGAAGUGGACACCAACUACGGUAAAAUCCACGAGUUUCUCGGGAGGAUACCCAAGCUGUUGGUCGCCCGCGCCAGCUACAAUUGUGGGGAGUAUGCCCGUGCCCUCAGCUACCUGGAGAGCUAUCUGGAGGACGGCGAGGACAAGUCCAAGCGCAUCCUCGAACAAUUCACCUUUCUCGUCGAGGUCUAUGGCAAGCUCCUCGACUCGGACUCCGUGGAGGGGGCCGUUCAGGCACGCAGCUACGACAUGAGUGUGACCCAGGACAUUCUGGUGAACCGUCUGGUGGAGCGGCAGCAGGACAUGAUCACGUGCUACGAGCAGCUGCUCUCCAGCACAGACCACCUCCAGCCGGAGCACAUCCGGGCCAUGAUCGACGCCUACCUGAUGGACACGCCCAAGACGGCCCAGCUGAUUGCCGACGGCCUCUGGCAGCGCCUGGCGGACCAGUACACGGAGCAGUGCUUCAGCGAGUGCAAGGCGGAGCUGCUGUGGCGGCUGGGCAGCUACGAUGAGCUGGACGAGUUCCAGGCCAACUGGCCGGCCCAGUGCGCCCAGGGCUGUCUGGCCCUGCGCCAGCCACUGACCACGCAAUCGCAGUUCGACUCGCUGCUGGAUGGGAUGCGUUCCUCUGUGCUGGAGCAGCUGCGCAGCUGCUCCGCCGUCCAGCAGCACUCGUAUGCCAAUGCCUACGAUGCGGUGCUGAAGCUCCAUCUGGUCCACGAGCUGCAGUGCAGCCAGCAAUUGGUCGAGCAGCUGCAGCAGGAGGCCGCCGAGGAUCGGCAGGAACUGCUGAUGCGGGAGUAUUUCGAGGACUGGCAGGCGCGUCUCCAGGUGAUACAGCCGCAGGUGCGCGUGCAGGAGCCCAUCUACAGCUUCCGCCGGAAUCUACUGGCUGAGCUGCAGCAACGCCUCGCGGAUCGCAGCCACCUGCAGCCCCAUCUGCAGAUGGAGCUGGCCCGGCUCUGGCUGAACAGUGCGCAGAUCAACAGGAAUGCUGGCCAGCUGCAACGGGCACAGCUGUACAUCCUCAAAGCGGCCGACUACAAGCCCAGUGGCCUCUUCCUGGAGCGGGCCCGGUUGCUGUGGCAGAAGGGCGACCAGGUCAUGGCCAUGAACUAUCUGGAGGAGCAGCUCUCCUUCAUUCGGGUCUCGUGCCAGGGCAACGCCAAGCAGCUGUCAACGGAGCAGCGUCACCUCUACUUCGAGGGCAAGUACCUGCAGGCCGUCUACAAUGCCGAGUCCAUGCAUCUCUGUGCGGAUGCUGUUCUACGGUACUUCCAGGAGGCCAUUGCCGUGCAUCGCCACUCGGAGGGCUGCCACGUGCAGCUGGCCCAGUUCCUGGAGAAGAUGCGUGAGGCCACACAGGGGAGCAGCAAGUCGGUCACAACUAAUCAGUCAACUAACCACGAGAACGAUGAUCUGCUACUCCAAAUCAUGCUAAAUUAUGCGAAAUCGCUGCGGUACGGCAGCGAGCAUGUCUACCAGUCGAUGCCCCGCCUGAUCAGCCUGUGGCUGGACACGGCUGAAUCCUCCACCAAUCCAGACCAUGUAAAGAAGAUGAAUGAUCUGCUGAGCAACUGCUGCACCGCCCUGCCCACGGCCAUGUUCUACACGGUCUACUCCCAGAUGCUGAGCCGCCUAUGCCACCCGUCGCCGGAGGUUUUCGGUGUGCUCCGCAACGUGAUCAUACGCCUGGUGGAGAACUAUCCGCAGCAGUCCCUGUGGAUGCUGCUGCCCCACUUCAAGUCGGCCACCGCCAACAGAAUCAAGCGCUGCAAGCUAGUGCUCACCGAUGGCCGUCUCCAGAACGCCGCCUUCCAGAAGCUCCUUAACGACUUCAACUCCCUGACGGAGCGUCUGAUUGAGCUGACCAACAAGGAGGUUUCUCUGGACCGAACCUACAAGCUGAGCGACCUGGACAAGCGCCUCACCAAGCUGUGCAGCCAUGCGGACUUCUCAAAGAUCCUCCUGCCCUUCGAGAAGUACAUGCAGCCCACGAUGCCCCUCAAUUUGGAGUCCAGCCCAGCGGCACUGUCCCCCUUGACGGCGAGCAGCAGCAAGGCCAACUGGUUUCCCUAUCAGCAGAUCUACAUCAGCGGCUUCCAAGAGCAGGUGCUGAUCCUGCGCUCGGCGGCCAAGCCCAAAAAGCUCACUAUUCGCUGCAGCGAUGGCCAGGACUACGAUGUACUGGUGAAGCCCAAGGACGACCUGCGGCGCGAUGCCCGUCUGAUGGAGUUCAAUGGCCUGGUGAAGCGAUACCUGCACCAGAAUGCGCCGGCCAGGCAGAGGCGCCUCCACAUUCGCACCUACGCCGUGCUGCCAUUCAAUGAGGAGUGCGGCCUGGUCGAGUGGCUGCCCAAUCUAUCGUCCUACCGCAGCAUCUGCAUGGGCUUGUACGCGCAAAGGGGUCGGGUUAUGUCCAGCCGCCAGCUCCAGCAACUGGCCGUGCCCUUGACUGAUCCCAUAGAAAAGAAGCGCGAGAUCUUCACCAAGCAACUGCUACCCGCCCAUCCGCCCGUGUUCCAGGAUUGGCUGCGUCAACGGUUCGCCACGCCCCACAGCUGGUACGAGGCCCGACACACGUACAUCCGCACCGUGGCCGUGAUGUCGAUGGUGGGCUACAUCUUGGGAUUGGGGGAUCGUCACGGCGAAAACAUACUCUUCGAUGAGCGCAAUGGAGACGCUGUCCACGUCGAUUUCAACUGCCUGUUCAACCAGGGCGAGUUGCUGACGUACCCGGAAAUGGUUCCGUUCCGUCUUACCCAGAACAUGAUCGCAGCCAUGGGGCCGCUGGGCGUCGAGGGCAGCUACCGCAAGUGCUGCGAGAUCACACUGCGGCUGCUCAAGCAGGAGACCAAGACUCUGAUGUCCAUGCUGAGGCCCUUUGUCUACGAUGUCGGAGCGCAGAUCCGCAAUGCCGCCGCCACGGCCAAGAUCACCAGCGAUGUCCAGCGCAUUGCCGAUCGUUUGCAGGGACACGUUAAGCGGCAGCAGGCCAACAGUAUUCCCCUCUCUACCGAAGGACAGGUCAAUUUUCUCAUCAACGAGGCCACCAAAGUGGACAAUCUGGCUGUCAUGUACAUUGGCUGGGGAGCGUUCCUCUGACAGUGUUUACUAUUUAUACGCGUAUACUCGUAUUCUUUCAACGAAAGCAUUCAUGUUGAACCAACAGAUCAGGGAUUUUUCACGAGUUAAUGGUUUAUAAAAUGAAGCCCUGAAAAGUUAUUAUUUGGAUAAUUUGUUCUUGCGGCUCCAAAGUUCUUUCUCCACUGAGUGGUGAUAAAAAUAGUCUGUAUGGUUAGUAGUUUCUAGAAAAUAAAUAACUGUUCCACUUUUUGAA